AAUGGAUGCCCUAUCUACUCGGUCUAUUAUCUCUGCCUUUAUUAUUAGAAGUUGUUAAUAAAUAUUACCAUUUCUUAAGCGAUUGAUAAUUCGUUGCACCGAUGUAUAUAAAUGGACAUUUAUACGAACGUACACUCUGAUUCUAUUAUAUUUUAAAAUUAUAUUAAUAUUUAAGAGUUAAAUCUAUACAUCAUUAGCCGACUUUCAGUAAUGUAAAGGUUAUUCAGAAUUAUCAUCCAUACUGACAACAAUUAUUUUAUAAUAUAUGAAUAUUUUGAGCAAAAUUUUUUAUAAUUGCCGUCAUUUAAAAAGAAUAUGUAUAUCUUUUGUAUUUAUACUUUCAUAGAGAUAUUCUUUCUUUGUUAAUGCUCGAAUCAACCUUUAAGCAACUAAUUAAGAAAUGACCUCUAACACCUCAAAACAAUUAACUUUAUUCGAAAGUGUCAUAUGGGGUACAUCGAAACAAGUACAACACAUACUGGAUCAACGUGAUUUGACUUUUGAUGAUAGAUGGACCGAUUAUGCACUUUUAAUUACUGCACUACGGAAAAAGCGUAAAGAAAUAGCAAAAAUACUUCUAAAGAAAGGUUGCAGAAUACAAAAAGUACCAAGAACUGAUACCGCUGAUACACCUCUUCAUUAUGCAGUAAAAAUGGGUGAUAAUGAAAUUGCUAAUAUUUUAUUAAGCAAAGAAGCAUCGAUUAAUGUCGUGGAUCAAAAUGGAGAGACACCACUCUGCCUUGCUAUGAAACGGAAAAAUUAUGAAAUGGUUGAUUUAAUUUUGUCUUCGAGUAAUAUUGGAGUUAUUAAUAGCACGGAUACGGAUGAAUUUUCUCAUUUUCAUAUCUCAUGUAUUCGAAAUAAUGUAAAAGUAGUUGAAAAUUUUUUAAAUCAUGGAAUUGAUAUGAAUGGUCGUGUUAAUUUUCUAGCAAAACAAUGGCCUGGUUAUACACCUUUACAUUUUGCAGUUUAUUAUCACAACUUAAACGUACUCAAAUUACUUUUAAAGUAUAAUGCAGACGUUACUAUUAAGAAUGCAGAAGGACUGACUCCUCUUCAUUUAGCAUUAAGGAUGCAUGAUGAUAUAAUUAUAGAUUUCAUUUUAUCUUCAGACAAUCAUAAAAAUAGUAAUCCCAUUGAUGAGAAUGGACUUACACAUUUUCAUAUUGCUUGUAUGAAAAAUCAUUUGAAAGCAGUCGAAAACUUUUUAAAAUAUGAUGUUGAAAUUAAUCAAGCUACCCUCUCAUAUUCAGCCUUAUGGCCCAGAUACACUCCAUUGCACUUCGCAGUUAAUGAUUUCUCUCUAAGCAAUAAGAUGCAAAUAUCUGUGAUUGAAUUACUUCUACGCAAUGGAGCAGAUGUAAAUAUACGAAACUUACAAGGCGAAACACCUUUACAUUUGGCGUGUCUACAAAACCAAAAUAAAAUUUCAAAAUUAUUAGAAGAUAUUUAUUUGUUAGAGGAUGAUCUCAAAACAAAUAAACUUCUUUUACGCGAUAGGAUAUCUGAAAUUAUUAGCCAAAUUGACCAAAUUCAAAUAAUUCAAAUGCUUUUGACUUAUAAAAGUGAUGUAAAUGCAAAAAAUAUAUGCAAUGAAACACCUUUAUUUUAUUUGUUUAAAAAUGAUUUUGAAAUUCGUACAAAUAAAGUGAAAAGUGAUGAUAUAUUUAAAAACGUCAUACAGCAAUUUUAUAUGAAACGUAAAAAAAUUUUAAAUAUUUUUCUUGACUUCAAUGUUGACUUAACUGCUCGCAAUCAUAUGGAUGAAACAAUAUUGCAUCUAAUAGCGAAUACUAAUAUGGAAGUUGACGAUAACCAAAAGGAAGAAGUAUCAGAAUUAAUUUUAAACAGGGGAGUCGAUGUUAAUGCUAGAAGUAAAAGUGGCUUAUCACCACUACAUCUGGCUGCUGAAAAUGGACAUGUAGAUCUCAUAAAAAUUUUCUUAAAGUAUAAUGCAGAUGUUAAUGCUAUUGAAACUUUACAAGAAUGUACACCACUUCAUUUUGCUACAUCAAAUCGAAAUGUCAAAACUAUAAAUUUGCUUCUGGAUAAUGGAGCAGAUGUAACUGCUGUAGAAAAUAAUAGAACAAACGUUCUUCAUAUUAUGGCUCUUCUAAAUCCUGAAAGUUCAAAGAAAUCAGAGUUUGUAGAUUCUUAUGAUCAAAUGAUUAAAAAAUUUUUAAAAUAUGGUUGCGAUAUCAAUGCUCAAGAUAUUAAUGGAAAAACACCAUUGCAUUUAGCUGCUUUAUAUCGUAAUACAGAAGCUACUUGGUGUUUUUUGCAACAUUUUGCUGAUAUAAAUAUUUCAGACAUCCAUGGAGAAACUGCAUUAAAUUUUGCAAUAAAUAAUACUGAUUCUGUUGACAUAGAUAACAUGUUUAUGGAUUAUAUAAAUAUGUUGCGAAUGGCUGGAUUGCACAUUACCAAAAAGACAAAUAGCGACUACUUAAAGUUAUAUGGAAGAAAUCACCCUGAUCCAAAAGAUGAUUUCCUAGUCCAAUGUAAAGAAGAAAUUGAGAAAAUGAAAAGUCUAAAAAUUAAUAAUUAUUGCUCACUAUACGAUAUCAUAUUUAAAAAUUCUACUCAAAUGGAAUUAUAUGCUGGUCAUAAAUUGUUUCAAAAUAUUUUAAAUUCAGAUGAUUUUGAAAAGAAUUUUAAUAUUUAUGGUAAUUUAUUAAAGUCACAAUAUCAAAAAGGCUUAAAACAGAAAAUAUUGUUAAUAAAUACGAAAAAUUCAUUAGAAUUUAUAUUAGGUUUCAGACUUCCAGAGCCUUGUUUCAAUUUGAUAUUUCAAUAUUUAAAUAAUAAGGAUUUAAGUAAUGUAAUUAAAGCAAAAGCUUUAAUAAUGUCUGAC